AUGCCUGCCAUCAGAUCCCUGCUCUUUUCAUCACAUUUUGGUCGCUCUGAAGAGCUCAGCUUUACAAACAUGACACCAACAAGAUGCUGUGAAGGUUUGAACAUGGGCACCCAGCCACACACUGUGACCAAGACGGAGAUCCCUGACUAUGUGCUUUACACUGUAGGAACGUGUGUGCUCAUUAUUGGCUCCAUCGGCAUCAUUGGAAACCUCCUAGUGCUCUAUGCCUUCUACAGCAACAAGAAGCUGAGGACACCCCAGAACUACUUUAUAAUGAAUUUGGCUGUGAGCGACUUCCUGAUGUCGGCUUCUCAGGCACCCAUGUGCUUUGUCAACAGCUUGCACAGAGAGUGGAUACUUGGAGAUAUAGGCUGUGACUUGUACGCCUUCUGUGGGGCACUCUUCGGAAUAACCUCAAUGAUGACUUUAUUAGCUAUUUCGGUUGACCGCUACUUUGUGAUCACUAAGCCCCUGCGAUCCAUGCAGUGGACUUCAAAGAAACGGACCGUGCAGAUCAUCGCUGUCGUGUGGCUGUACUCGCUGGGAUGGAGCGUGGCUCCGCUCUUCGGGUGGAGUUCCUAUGUGCCUGAGGGCUUGAUGAUAUCCUGCACAUGGGACUAUGUAACCUACUCGCCUGCAAACAGAAGUUACACCAUGAUUUUAUGUUGCUGCGUGUUUUUUAUUCCCCUGAUAAUAAUAUUCCAUUGCUAUUUAUUUAUGUUCCUGGCCAUAAGACGUACUGACAGAGAUGUUCAAAAGCUAGGGUCCUGCAGCCGGAAAUCCUACCUCUCUCAGUCCAUGAAGAAUGAAUGGAAACUGGCAAAAAUUGCUUUUGUGGUCAUCAUUGUGUUUGUCUUGUCCUGGUCCCCAUAUGCUUGUGUCACCUUGAUUGCCUGGGCAGGUCGCGGCAACACCCUAACACCAUAUUCCAAAACUGUACCAGCAGUUAUUGCCAAAUCUUCUGCCAUCUACAACCCCAUCAUAUAUGCAAUAAUUCACCCAAGAUACAGAAAAACCAUCCACAAUGCUGUUCCCUGCUUGAGGUUCCUAAUACGACUAUCAAAGAAUGACCUCCUGAGAGGCUCCAUAAAUGAAUCAUCAUUCAGGACCUCUCUCUCCAGCCAUCACUCUCUUGCUGGCAGGACCAAGAGCACUUGUGUUUCAUCAGUUUCCACUGGAGAAGCUACCUGGAGUGAUGUAGAGCUUGACCCUGUAGAGCCAGUUCAUAAGAAAUGGCAGCCUCGCCGAAGUCAUUCUUUCUCAACAAGUGUGAGACAGGAGAAGAGAGACCUGCUCCCGAAGACCUGCAGCUGUGAUGCAGCAACUGCAGAAAAGGUUUCACUCUCUUCCAGCUGUUUGGAGAAGGUGCUUGGGUGGUCAGUCGUACGCAGUCCCCCUCCAACACUCGUGUCCAGCUCUCUGAGAGCAGCUUCUCUGCCUGUUGGUUUGAAUAGCAGCAGUGUCAGCAGAGGAAGAGACUCAAAUACUUCACAGAUGACAACUCAAGAAAGUCAAGUUAACGGAGUCCUGGGCUCUAUCAUUAGCAUCAUCAUCAUUCCUACCUCAGAGACCAACCUAUUUUGAGACGAAGAGGAAGAGACUGAAUUAUUCCACUUUCAUGACAAAAAGGGCAAUCUGCUGGACUUGGAAGGGCUUAGGUUGUCCACAGAGUUCCUUGAAGCUGUUGAGAAAUUUCUAUCAUAAUUUUGUCAAAAGAAAACUUUCCAGUAAUUAUUUUCUUGGCAUCUUCUCCACUUAAUUAGACCAAAUAACCAAAGCCUUGUAGGUUAGAUCAUCAGACUUUCUGUAUGUUUAUACAGUAGUCACU